AUGCUGUACCGGCUGUUUAUCCUGCUCAUCGCCCUCCUCGGCUACGCACACGCUGGCACCUGGCUUGCGUUUAACGAUGCACCGGAAGGGCGAGCUCCGGUUGUGGCGCGACUUUUGAACGAGUGUACACAGCAUCAAAUGGCAAAGCGACUCUCCGGUCCCCAUCGUAUCUUCACCCGAGCCGAGCGGGACAAGAUGGAGCUGUGCAAGAUGCUGGAGAUGAGCCUCCGC